GUAAAUAGAACUCCAAGAAACCUUAGAUAAGAUAAAGGUAGAAAGACAAAGUCCAUUACCUGUGAAAGAACCGCAAUGAUAAGAUUUGCUUCAUAAGUUGAAGACUACACAUUUUUCCACAAUGCUCAGUAAUUGAAGCGUAAGAUUACUUAUAUAUUUUAGUGAGUUGAUUGAUAUGAAUAUCAACAUGAAACUAAUUAUAUCAUUUAUUCUUGUGUCUGUGGUUCAAUGUUUUAGAACUUAUUCUGAGAUUGGAGAAUUAAAACGCUGUUACGAGAAUAAAGUUAACCAACGACUCACAGAUGAAGUAAUAAAUGGUCAAACAUUACCUUUACCCAACUCCAUAGAAACUUUUAUUUCUCUCGUUGAAAGGCUCGAAAUAUCCUACCCAAAUGCUCAAGAACUGAUUCGUCGAUUACUCGUGAGCUUUCGAGUAGAUAACAUACCGGCUGAUUUACGUUUCGAAAAUCCAGUCUGGGAAGCUAACAAUGAAGUGGAACGGGCUUUUUUCGCAAUUGAUAAUUUCAAUGUUGUGUUUAAGAAAGAAGAUCUUACAGAUGAUGAAGAAUGCGCUCUACAUUUUAUGCUCUCUCAUACAUUCAACGACACUCUUACAGGUUCUGAGAAUGAUGAACCUAUUGGAAGUGAACAGAAAUUUUCUAAACAUCCUCGAGAAUAUGGCGUAAUAAGCAUUCUUGGCAAAAAGAAACAGGCAGUUGCUCUUGGAAAAGUGUUACUCGGCAUCUAUGCAGGACUCUUAGGCAAUAAUCGAGAUAUUGAUGCAACAGAAUUACGAAGAAAAAUAAAAGGAUCAGGAGUUGAUGAUCGCUUAAAUGGAGUGAAGCUUAAUCGAUUAAGUUCAGUUACAAUUGCAGAUUUGAUAACUCUUUAUAUAAAAGAUCCAAAUCGUAAAAAAAGUGAGGUGUCUUUCAUGCCAAAUGGAGAUUGGACUGAGGCAUCGUGUACUGUGGAAUAUUUGUUAGAAGACAACAACAGGCGCCUUAUUUCAAACUCCCUUCUCAGGGGCGCCAUUGAUGGUUUGAUUAUUGGUAAAAAGAUAGAAGAAAAUCAAAAUUAUUUUAGACAGAUAAGAUUAAGUGAAAUUCUUCGAAUGUAUUAUGGACCUACUGGACUUUUGGACGAAACAACAUCAUCAAAAGCUGAUAUGAAGACAGACGAUCAAUGGUGCAGGAGAUCUGAAAGAUUUCGUACUUUCACUACCUUAGGGGAAGAAACAUUGAAUUAUUUGAAGUUUUAUACGAAUUUGCCGAAAAAUUCACAAACUGAUGAUCUUGUGAGUGAAAUUAAUGAAAUAUUAUCAAACAUCCAGGGAUCAACAGAAAUAUUCAAUGAAAAUGCUGAUGAACCAAACUUGUGCGGCAGAGUUGCUGAAAAAUGCGAGACACCAACUGAUAUUUUUGCUGUUCUGGAUUGGCAACCUAACGAAGAACAAAAAAGGCUGCAAAUUGAACUCUUAGGAAUUUUAUCAAAUGAUUUAGAUAUUCGACCAAAAGGAAGUUCAAUAGAUGCUUAUUCAAAUCUCAAUCCUAUGCAGAGUAGAGGAUUGCACAUUAUAUCAAAUAACACAGGAAUUGCAGGAUGUGCUCCAUGCUAUGCCAGAUAUUUCAAAAAAAUGGGAGGAUCGAGACAAGGAGAAGUUGAAGUUCUUAACUAUCUUAACCAAACAUUGAGCCUGAGAGAAAUUGAACAAGAUGAAAACCAAGAUGGAAUUAAAGUAGCAACUCCAGCAAAGGUUGUUUUGCUUUUUAAUUUUGGAAGUCCCGUCAAUGAUGAUAGAUUAAGAAAUGCAAUUUGGGAGGUAAACAAAAAUUUUAGAGAGGUAACAAUUUUAGCCAUUGGUCCUAAGAAAGAACAUCUUCAAGUCUUUACUCAGAAUGAUGACACUGACAUUUUUACUGAUACAGGAAGUGCUACUGCUUUAGCGUCUAAGCUAAAACCUAGAAUUUGUAAAGCUCCAGCCGAAUUUCAAUUUAAAGAAUGCUACCGUAGUAGUCCAGGAACUGAAGCAGAUAAUAAACAGACUGUGUUUAUUCCGUUAAAUAAAAAACAGUACUGGUCAAUGUAUCCUAAGUACUUUUUGAAGAGCUUCAACAUUAAGAUGAAGUUUAAAGCAGUGGAUGGGGCUCACAUUAAAGUUUGUUUCUCCAGAAAUUACUUCAGAAUUCUUGAGGAUGGUUCCCAGUACAAAGAAUGUCGAGAUGCAGGUGAGGAAGUUGAAUUCUGGACGUCGAAUCCUUGUUAUAAGCGUAAUGAGCAUAAUUGUGAACCAUUCUAUUUUUCAAUUGAAGGCGUUAAAGCAGGAAGUAGCCUCUGUCAAAGCAUCUAUUGCAGAACACCGAAAGACAUAGCUUUUGAAUUUAGCCAUGAAGGCAUAUCAUGCAAUGCUGCAAGUUUCAUCAUUUCAUCUACGACUUUGCUUCUAGCAGUCAUUGUUUUUCAUCUGAGAGAAAGAAGAUUGCUUCCUUGAAGAGAAUUCUCUUUUUAUUUUUUUUGUAUCUUCAUUUUUUUAUAUGUAGCCAUUUUUGUUUUGUACUUUUAAUUCAGUUAGCGUGAUUUAAUUUUUUAAAGAAUGCGUUGAAACAAAUCAUGUAACAUU